AACCUCUGCUCCUCGGCGGGUUCAGAGCCAUGGAGCACGCGGGCGGAGAAGCACUGACGGAGGCGGCGGCGGCGGCCGCUUGCAGAGACGGGGAGCCCAUCACUCAGGACUACAUGCUGCAGCAGACCAUGCUGAGGGUCAAGGACCCGGCCAGGUCUUUGGAGUUCUACACCGGAGUCCUGGGCAUGACCUUGCUGCAGAAGAUCGACUUCCCUUCAAUGCGCUUCACGCUCUACUUCCUGGGCUACGAGGACAAGUCGGACGUCCCGGCCGACGUCAAAGAGAGGACGGCCUGGACCUUCUCCCGCCGGGCCACCAUAGAGCUCACACAUAACUGGGGCUCAGAGUCAGAUGAAAGUCUUUCGUUCCACAACGGGAACGACCAGCCCACAGGAUUCGGUCACAUCGGCGUCGCCGUCCCCGACGUUUACGCCGCCUGCAAAGUGUUUGAGAAGCGAGGAGUGAAGUUCCUCAAGAAACCAGAAGCCGGCAAGAUGAAGGACCUGGCCUUCAUCCAGGAUCCCGACGGCUACUGGAUCGAGAUCCUGAGUCCCAACAACAUGGUCUCUCUCCUGUCGCCGUGACGACCUCCCGUCUGCUGCUGAGUGGAGAUAUUUCAACGGGUCGAACGUUGCAUCGAUCAUCAGCUACUGACAGAAUUAAUAAAACCUUUGUCAUCCAUGACGUCACAAAGAUUUGUGUGUUUUUAAUUGAUUUAAGUUUCUUUGUGUGCCCCCUGUGGGCGGAGGCGGUACUGCAGCACAGCAGAAAA